AUGCUUCGUAUACUGAACGGAAAUCAGUUUAUGCGCGAGCAUCACCCGAUGCGAUACAACCGUAUGACGGAGAUACUGAAAGUCGUUGCCUGUGUCAAGCUUUCCAAGACAUUCCUGAUAAAGAGUUAUUUCCUCCAGAAGCCGCUCCCUGUACUCACCGUUAUCUAUCUCUUCAAUGUUUUAGUUGUCAUUAUUGUUCGAUAA